UUUUGUUUGAGUCUCGCCAAGUGUCGACUGGUUUGUGUGGACGUAACUCGUUUUCUAUACCUCAUUAAUUCGACUGCAGACUGUAUAGCGUGAAACAACACGGGCCAGUGCGGUAUAGACACUGUACUGCCGUGCCAUGAAUAAUAUUGUUAAUUAAUUUCCGAUGUGACUCGUAAUAUUAUUUUAUAUUAUAUCAUGUCUACUACAAUAAUCAAUUAAUUUGUUUAGUAAAUCAGCCGAUAUUUUAAUAAGAUCGAGUCACCGUCAGCUACUAUCAAUACCCGGUGUAAACAGCACAAAGAUUCAAAGAUGUUUAUUAACUGCAACAUGAGAAAGGCAUGUGGCACGACGGUGGGCUUUUUCGGUAUCGCAUUCGUCAUAAUUUUCUUACUUAUACCUACUAUUUGGCGUUAUUCACCUUCAAUUCAAAAGAGUAUGAUAUUCCUAAAUCAUGACCAUAUGCCUGAGGUACAGAAUUAUAGUCAUCCGGAAGUUUAUGGCAUGGAUGGAACGAGAAAUUUUUACAUUGAUACAAAAGACAAUGUAACAUUAGGAGUGUGGCAUAUUUUACCAAGUAAUUUGUUCGUAAAAUACGGAGCAAACGAAUCUAAUUACGAACAACUUUUGAGUCACGGGGAACCGAUUAUUAUAUACAUGCAUGGCAACUCUGGUGCCCGCCCGAACAAUCAACGGAUAGAAUUGUAUCGCAAGCUCCGGGACAUCAACUGUCACGUGAUAGCCGUAGACUACAGAAGUUAUGCCGAUUCUACAGACGUCGAAAUCGACGAGACCGGCUUAGUAUCGGAUGCGAUGGAGACAUUUAAAUGGGUUUACAAACGCGCACAUGGAUCGCCGAUCUUUGGCUGGGGACACUCUCUGGGCACUGGAAUUGGAGCACAUGCGUUUUCGUUAUUGGAAAAAGAAAAUAUCUAUCCCCAUGGACUUAUUUUAGAAGCUCCAUUCAAUAAAAUGAGUGAAGCAAUUAGAGAAUAUUCAACUACUAAGGUUCUUCGAUAUUUCCCUUGGUUUGAUUUUUUCAUAAUUGACCCAGUCAUUGAAAAUGGAAUUAUUUUUGAUACAGAACAAAACUUAAAAAACGCGAAAGUUCCGGUGCUGAUAUUACAUGCUCGAGAUGAUAUUAUAAUACCAUACCAGCUCAGUGAAAACUUGUAUAAUUACAUUACAGCAAGUCGGAAAAGUGAACUGACUGAACUCGUUUUGUAUGACACCAAGUAUGGCUUUGGCCAUCAGUUUAUUUGUCGGGAUAAUGAAAUCGAAAAAAAAAUUGAGAAAUUUAUACAGAACUGUCUAAAAAUGACGUCUUGAUCGGUGGAAAUACAUAAGCUCGUCAAAAUUGCCAUCGUAUAAUACGUAUACAUAGUUAUUACAAUAUAAUAUAUAGUAUAUUAUUAUACGUUAUAAUACAAACGUCUCAGUUUUGUAUCGGAUUAUUGAGAUCAUGAGAUUAUUUAUUAUCUUUUUUGUAAAUUGUAUCGUUGUUAAAUAUUAUUUAUUUUAAAAUAUUUCAACAACGUACUUUUUAAGAACUUUACUUUAACUAUCAUCCCAUACAUAUUACAUAUUUAUUAUAUUAUGCUAUGCUCAUUAUUAUAGUCAAUAGAUGUAUUAUCAUAGUUGUUUUGUUCUUAAAAAUAUAUCGUGUUGAAUACAUUUUUAAGGUAAUACUUAAAAAAUGCAAAAUAAAAUGUUAAAGUGUUUGUGUAUUUUAUCCCCAGCAUCAUAUUAUAACAAAAA